AGUGGAAAAUAAGGUUUGAAAAGUAGAAAAACAAAAAUUGAAGUGUAAUUAGGGUCUGCUCUUUCUUCUCCGACGUUGCUCACUCUCUUUCCUCCGGCGCAUCCGCUUUUACCGCUCUCUGCCUACAGUUUUUAUCGCAGUUCGAUCUAGGUCAAAAGGAUUCUGAAGAAAGAAAAUGGUGAGAGGAUUGCUGGGAAAGCUCGCCGGUCGCUCUCUUUCCGUCGCCGGAAAAUGGCAGCAGCAACAGCUCCGCCGCCUCAACAUCCACGAGUAUCAGGGGGCUGAAUUAAUGGGCAAGCAUGGAAUCAAUGUUCCAAGAGGUGUGGUUGUUGGUUCUCUUGAUGAAGUCAAGAAGGCGUUGCAAGAUCAAUUCGUCAACCAGAGUGAGGUGGUGGUGAAGUCACAAAUCCUUGCUGGUGGACGAGGGCUUGGUACGUUCAAGACUGGUCUCCAAGGCGGUGUACACAUUGUGAAGGCUGAUCAGGUUGAGGAUAUAGCUGGUAAAAUGCUUGGACAGAUACUUGUUACCAAACAAACUGGGCCCCAAGGAAAAGUUGUCAGCAAGGUUUAUUUGUGUGAGAAGAUGUCGCUUGUCAAUGAGAUGUACUUUGCAAUUACUCUUGAUCGCAAAUCUGCUGGUCCUCUUAUCAUUGCUUGUAAAACUGGAGGAACCAGUAUUGAAGAUCUUGCUGAGAAACACCCAGAAUUGAUUGUAAAGGUACCUAUUGAUGUUUUUACUGGGAUUACCGAUGAGGAUGCUGCCAAGGUAGUUGAUGGGUUGUCUCCUAAGGUGGCUGAUAGAAAUUCUUGCAUGGAACAAGUGAAGAAAUUAUAUGAACUUUUCUGCAAAUGUGACUGCACAAUGUUGGAGAUCAAUCCAAUUGCUGAGACAUCUGAUAAUCAGUUGGUAGCAGCUGAUGCAAAGUUCAACUUUGAUGACAAUGCUGCAUUCCGGCAAAAAGAAAUAUUUGCUCUUCGGGAUCCAACACAAGAAGAUCCUCGUGAGGUUACUGCAGCAAAGGCCGACUUAAACUAUAUUGGUUUAGAUGGAGAAAUUGGUUGUAUGGUGAAUGGUGCUGGAUUGGCCAUGGCUACGAUGGAUAUAAUUAAGUUACAUGGAGGAACUCCGGCCAAUUUUCUUGAUGUUGGUGGAAAUGCUUCUGAAGGCCAGGUUGUGGAGGCUUUCAAGAUUUUGACUUCAGAUGAGAAAGUGAAGGCUAUUCUUGUGAAUAUUUUUGGUGGAAUAAUGAAGUGUGAUGUAAUAGCCGCUGGGAUUGUUAAUGCUGCUAAACAGGUUCAACUCAAAGUACCUGUGGUUGUUCGUCUUGAAGGCACAAACGUUGACCAAGGAAAGAGGAUUCUGAAGGAAAGUGGUUUGACGUUGAUUACUGCUGAAGAUCUGGAUGAUGCAGCUGAGAAAGCAGUUAAAGCCUCAGCUAGCUAAACAUGUUAUCGUCUAUUUUUGGUCUAAACUGCCUUUCGGCCAAUCCUUUUUCCCCUUGAUUUUAUUUUUUGGGAUAAAGUCUCAUUUGUUUAUCGUCAGUUGAGACGCAAAGUUAGAGAGUUUCAGCAGAAAGAAGCUGAUAAUCUCCAUUGUUACAUGGAGAAAAUUUAAAUUGUUCUUGAUUUCAUAUAAAGAAAACAAUCUCAACUUUUGUUUCAAUCAGCCUCCAUUCAUUCAUGGAGAAUACUUCAUUAAAUUGUUGGUUUAGAGUCGUACAGCAUUUUGGUUUCGUU